AUGGCUAAUAGUAAUGACCCGGCGAUUACAAAGAAAGAGAUUCGGUUCCCGAUCGGCACCGGUAUCGCCGGUACGGUCGCGAAGACGGGUCAGGCGCUCAACAUUCCCGACGCUUACGAAGACCAAAGAUUCAAUAGAGAUAUCGAUCAGAUGACAGGGUAUACCACUAAGAAUCUGUUAGCGAUGCCU